UGUUCGCAGUUGUCAAAAUGGCGGAUAGAGUGAAUAUUAGUGAAUUUUGCAAAAGAAUUCCGAAAGUUGAACUUCACGCACAUUUAAAUGGUUCGGUGAGUUUAAAAACGUUGAAUGAUCUUCGGCUGCAAAAGAUGAAGGAUGGUCUUACAGAUCAGGCUGUUCAGGAAAGUGAUUUACGAUGGCAAACGUGUCCUAAGUUCACUAAAGAAAACUUUAGCAAAGGUUUUGAAAUAUUCAAUGCUAUCCACCAACUUGUUGACAGCAAAGAAGCCCUAAAAAAGUUAACAACUGAUGUCAUAAAAGAGUUUGCAGAAGAUAAUGUCAAAUACCUCGAGUUGCGAACAACUCCAAAGUGCUAUCCAGGAGUGACGAAACUGUGCUAUUUAAAAUCAGUUGUAUCUGCAAUUAAAGAUGCUGAGAAGGCUUUUCCKGAAAUAAUUGUCAGGCUGUUGGUGUCUAUUGACAGAAAAAGAGGUCCAGAAGAAGCAAUGGAGAAUGUGCAGCUUGCAUAUGAGCUCAGUGCUGAGGGUAUAGUGUGUGGAGUUGACCUUAGUGGAGAUCCAAGUUCAAACCCUGCUGGUCUAUUUGUGCCUGCAUUAAUGAAAGCCAAAGAAUAUGGUUUGAAAUUAUCAGUGCAUUUARCUGAGGUCCCUGAUGUUGAGGAUGCCAGCAUUCUUUUAGAUAUAUUACCCGAUAGAAUAGGCCAUGGAACAUACCUACUUCCAAACAACGGGGGAUCUCAACAGCUCACUAAAAAAGUAAAAGAAAACAACAUCCCUUUAGAGCUUUGUUUGACGUCCAAUGUACACUGUUCAGUUGUUCCUUCAUACCAUGAGCAUCAUAUCUGUCACUGGUUUAAGAACGACCACCCAUUCACUUUAGCUACAGAUGACAAAGGAGUUUUUUCGACAACUUUAUCACAAGARUAUGAAAUUAUGAUGACAGUGCUGGGACUAUCGCCUAUUCAAGUAUGGAAUAUUUCCUACAAGUCCAUAGACUAUAUAUUUGCUGACAGUUCUGUCAAGGAACGAUUGGUUCGUAUUUGGAAAAGUCAACAAGUACAUGAACCGUUAACAACCUGAGCCAUUUACCAUAUGCAACUGAUGUCCCAGCUAAUUUAUCCUUGACUGACGGGAAAACAUAUAAGCAGCGAGCAUUAGAUAUUCCAAAGGCAAAUGAGAAUGUUAACGUGGAGUUUGCAUUGAUGUAUGGUUUUCAACUCGAAGAUUGCGAAGCAAUCGAAGAGUUAUUGGUGAAGUGGGACGAAUCUGUCACUCACUAAGUCACUCAUUCACUCUCAGUCACUCACUUUCCUUUAAACUUGAGCCUGCGUUACUUGUGUUCAGAAUUAUUCAAUUAUUCUAAUUGUUUUCUUGUAAUUUAUUCACUAAUUUCCCGGGUUACCUAUCAACUCAUAUUAACUCAUCUGGGAGUUGAACCUGGGACCCUAACGUCGGAAAUCCAAGUCACUACUACUCGGCUACGCGUGAUAAUGUCACACAAUUGUGGCAAGACUUGUCUUUUAAUAAUAAGAUUUUAACGAUUAAGUAAGUAAUCGUUAAGUAAUUAUAAUUUGAUUCAUCGGUAUCGUUCCGUAUUCGUCUACGCAAUCAAUCUUCGAGCUGUGUUGCCAUUGGAAGCUUGAUCUUUACUUUUUUCUGAUAGACGUGCCCAUGCCCCACCUAUUUUCAAAAUGUUAGGUAUUCUACAAUUUCACGACUUAGUCUAUGUACAGAAAGCAGUUUUCAUGUAUGACUAUACCAAUAAUCUCUUGCCUUCAUCUUUCAUGAACUAUUUUAAGAAAGUAUCUGAGAUCCAUUCCUAUAACACUCGACUGGCAUCAAACAAUUUUCACACACCUUCUGUUGGCACAAACUACGGUAAAUUUUCACUAAAGUUCUCUGGACCAGGAGUUUGGAAUUCAAUCCAUAAUGAUAUUAAAGUAUUACCUAGGAUAUCAUUUAAAACACAAAUUAAAUCGGAUUUGAUAAUGACUUAUAUUUGAUUUUUUUUCUUUUAUUAUUUUUCUUUUUUUUCUUUUUUUGCGGUAUAUGUGUAUUUUAUGUAAUUGUUUGCAUAUGUAUUGUACGUAGGUCGCCUACACAGUUGUUGUGAUAGUCUUUAAUAUUUGAUUUUGGGAGCUGGCUUCGAAAACUUUUAGUUACUUCAGCUCUUCAGCAUUAUUUAUAAAUUUUUCUAUUCAUUUUAAAUACUAUAGACCUCGUUGAUAUUUAAUAAUUAUAUAUUUAUUGUAAUUGUAUCUUAUCCAAUUUAACAAAUUGUAAAACUGUUUUGCAAAAUAAAUUGAACCUUGAACC